AUGUUAUUUAAAACCCAUGGGGUAAGGCAUAAUGUUCCGUACACGACAUACAGUCGUACUAGAUCAACUUCAACAUCUAUCUUAUUGAACCGGAUUCAGUCCAAUUCUAGUAAAACAUUUAUAUUCCCGCACCCUAAGUUACUAAUUCCGUCUUUGGAGUAUAGAGAACCUGUAUCGGUCCAGGAUACAGCCCUCCUCAGCCAUAGUGUGAUGUCUCUCUUAGUAAGCUAUGUUUAUCCUGUCUUAUUAGGGUACGCGAAAGCUAAUAUCAUAUUCUAUUUUAAAAAUAGAGAAGUAGGUGAUAUCGCUAAACCACUAAAUAAACAGUCUAUUCCCUUAACGUUUGAUGAUGGUAGUCCUAUUUCUAAGUCAGAGAUAUAUGCUAGUGUGUUUAGUAGUAUAUUUAAAUUAAUAGAGAUUUAUGACGGUUUUGGGGUUGUUAGAAUAGCUAUUCGAGCACAUUUUGAAGAAAAUAUCCCCGGCCCUCUUCAACCUUUAAAAGAGGAGUUGCUAGAGGAGGCUCUCUCUGAAUGCAUUAAGCCAUCUUCUGGAGAAAUCGAUAUUAGUAAUUUACCUGUUAAAAGUCUUAGUUCUACUUCUCGAAAGUACCCUAAGAAUAUAACCGUUCCAAGGAAAUCGGGCAAUAUAUCCCUGAGGCCGUUCUUGGUGGCCGAUACUGAGACCAUAAUUAACAAAAAUAGUCAACAUGUACCCUAUGCGGUCGGUGUCAUGGUUGUUAAUCCGGGGAUUCCCGUUAGUAGGCGUGAAAGGAUCGAUACUUACUUCAGCGAAGAUUACUCUUCAAGAAUCUUCCCAACCUUUGAAGAAAGGAGCUGCCAAAUGCUCAAAUCAUUUAUCUUUAGGGUCGCGGCUAUUACUCGACAAAAUAGGUCUGCUAAAACAAUCUACUUUCAUAAUUUAGGUCGAUUCGAUGGCAUUUUCCUACUUAAGCACCUUGCAUUAUAUCAUCCUAAUUACACGGUCACCCCCCUUAUGAGAGACAAUAGACUCUACGAGGUAGCUGUCUAUUCUAAAAAAAGGCUAUUAUUUACGUUCCGAGACUCCUUACAUCUACUCCCCGGCAAACUAGAUGACCUUGCUAAGAAUCUAUGCCCUGAGUUGGGUUCUAAAGGAUCUAUUUCCUAUGAGGAUGUAAGACUUGAAAGUCUUAGUAUUAUGAAAGAGAGUUUGUUAGAGUAUAUGGAGCAGGAUAUUCUUCUGCUAGGGGGAAUUAUGCAGUCCUUCCAGGACAUAUAUUAUAAGGCUUACCAGGCAGACAUAGUAAAUAAGCUUACAAUAGCCUCACUGGCUCUAAGUCUAUUUCGUGAAAAAUAUUACGAUUACAAUAAGCACCGUAUCCACAUCCCUAAUCAGAAUGAGGAUACAUUUAUUCGGCGUGGAUAUUACGGUGGGCAUACCGACGCAUACUUACCAUACGGUACUAAUUUAUACUAUUAUGACGUUAACUCUCUCUAUCCUUUUGUUAUCAAGGAAUUCUCAAUGCCUGGGGGUACACCAGUCUGGCAUUCUGAUUUAGAAUAUAUGACAUUAGAUAACAUGUUUGGGUUCAUUGAAGCAUAUGUAGAAUGCCCAAAAAGUAUAAAGAAACCAUUUCUUCCCUAUCGGGAUAAUAAGGAUGGCACUCUUAUCUUUCCUACAGGCACCUUUGUUGGGGUUUACUAUAGUGAGGAGCUCAAGUAUGCUAGAGACAUAGGCUACACUAUAAUACCAAUUUGUGGAUACCUCUUCGAGGAGAUGGAAAGUCCAUUCAAGGACUACAUUAAUUCUCUCUUUGAAAGCAGAUCCAAUGCUAAAGAAGGAAAUAACGCCCUAUCUUUUGUAUAUAAAUUACUAAUGAACUCAUUAUAUGGUAGAUUUGGCAUCAAUCCUCAAAGCACAAAAACCGAGAUGUGCAAUAAAUCUAAACGUGACCGUAUAUUUAGACGCCCUGAGUUUAUAGACGAUGUCUUUAUUAGAGAGGAUCUAUACAUGGUAUCUUAUCUAACCAAUCCGGGUAAGGGGCCUUCUUAUUGGGACCCCCCGAAGAACUCCGCGGUACAACUAGCCGCAGCGAUCACUGCCGGCUCAAGGAUCUAUAUGUACAAGUAUAUUUCAAGAGAAGACUGCUUAUAUACAGACACCGACUCUAUUGUCCUUGGUAAUCCACUUCCGGAGGAAGAUGUUUCCUCUUCUGUAUUAGGUAAAUUUAAAUUAGAAGAUAAGAUCUUGGAGGGAUUCUUUUUAGCACCUAAAUGCUAUAGCUAUACCACAGAAGAGUCAGAUGGCAAUAAGAAGGUCUAUAAGUACAAGGGACCGGGUAGAAAUGUUAUAACUCCAGAAUGGUAUAAAGAACAGUACGCCGACCCUUCCCGAAGUCUGAUAAAGAAGGUAACUUAUCAAUUUCGACCCGAUUGGAAAGAACUCUCGGUUAAAAAGAAAGAGAGUACAACCACUCUUAGAACUCUCAGUAACUCCAAGAGAAUACCUUUCUUUAAUGAAAAAGGUAAUAUGUAA